CGUGUGGGAAAUUUAAGGAGAACGGACUCCUCGCGGACUCCUGUUUUUGUUUUUUCCACGUUUUUUUUUUCUUUGUUUUUUGACGCGACUUUAACUCCACGUGUCCGGCACGUCCAGUGCGUCUGACAGCCAGCCAGCCAGCCGGACGGACGUGGGCCAGAGCCAUGCCAGUGGUGGGGGUGGCGUCCAAGCUCAGGCAGCCCAGCGUCGGCUCGCGGCCGGUGCACACCGCUCACCCCAUGCCCAACCUGGGCCGCAGCGGCGCCGGUUCCGGCUCUGGCGUGGGCGUCGGUGUCAGCGGCGGCGUUGGCAUGGCCCAGGGUUACCACGCCCCCGGCCGGGCCCCCUCCGCGGAGGUGAGGUCCGGCGAGUCGCCCCUGCUCUCCUCCUGCCAGCUGUCACUCAAGGGCCAGGAGUACCAGGAGCGGAGGACUCCGCCGGCGCGCAGCAGAGAGUCGGAGGAGAGCAAGAUCAGCAAGAUCUACACUGACUGGGCAAACCACUAUCUGGCCAAGUCCGGCUGCCCACGCCUCAUCAAGGACCUGACCCAGGACAUCGCCGACGGAGUUCUGCUGGCAGAAAUCAUCCAGAUCAUUGCAAACGAGAAGGUGGAGGAUAUCAAUGGCUGUCCUAGAAGUCAGUCUCAAAUGAUCGAGAAUGUAGACACCUGCCUCAACUUCCUGGAGGCCCGCGGAGUGAACGUUCAGGGACUCUCAGCAGAAGAGAUUCGUAAUGGGAAUCUGAAGAGCAUCCUGGGUCUGUUCUUCAUCCUGUCGCGCUACAAGCAGCAGCAGCAGCAUCAGCAGCAGUAUCUGCAGUCUCUGGUGGAGCUGCAGCAGCAGGUCACUCACCAGGCCAGCGGGGUGGCACCGUCCAGCCCCCUCAAGACGCAAGACAUGCAGUCCAGUCUGACGGCGAGAUAUGCAAGCCCUCCCGGCCACAGUGGAAUAGGAGCAAGCCAGAAGAAGAACACAAGGUUACCGGGUCCAUCCCGAGUGCCCACUGCAGGCAGUGGGGGGAAGGCCCAGGGGUCGUCCAACCUCAACAGGAGAAGCCAGAGCUUCAACAGCAUCGACAAGAGCAAGCCUCUACAGUACGCCAGCGGCAAUGACAGAGACUCUGUAAGGGGCAUCCCCCUGGCGGGCAGCAUGAACGGCAGUGGUGGCGCAUCGGCGGCGCCCAUGCCCUCCAGCCCCAGCGUGCACCAGCUGGGCUCGGCCAUCCCGUCGCCCACGGCGGGCAAGUCGUGGCGCAGCAAGUCCAUGAACCUCAAGCACAGCGCCACCUCGUCCAUGCUGUCGCUCAGCAGCCCCACCGCCUCGCCGCCCCCGCCGGGGGCCUCGGAACGCCUCCGCUCACCCAUGAUGGCCGACGCCGCCGCCGGAGGAGGAGGGGCCUCGUCGCCGGGCGUCGCCGGCGCCAAGGGGUCGGUGUGCGCGGCGGCCAACGCCCCCGGCAACCAGCGCUCCAUGCUGGACAAGUUCCGGCUCAUCAACCCGCGCUCGGCCUCGCGCGCCUCGCCGUCGGUGGCCGAGAUGGCGCUGCAGGAGGAGGACGACCUGUCCGAGUACGGCGACGAGCCGCCGCUAACGGCGCCGCCGCCGCCCGUCAUGGCCGUCGGCCGGGGGCAACAAGCCGCCGCGCCCUCCUCCUCCACCGCUCUCCCGAGCGCCAAGGGCUCCGGCAAGAGCGGCAAGUCCCUGGGCCACGCCAAGGAGGAGAAGGCCAAGGGCAAGGCCGGCAAAGCCAGCACGCCGCCCAAGGAGGACCGGGAGCCCGCGGCCGGAGAGGCCGGGAAGAAGGGCUCCAAGAUCGCCAGCCUCAUCCCCAAGGGGGGCAAGCCGGCGUCGGGGGGCAAGAAGGAGAGCGGCGGCCAGCCGGCCUCCAGCGGGAUCCCCAAGCCGGGGCUCAAGGCCCCUCAGGCCUCCACCAAACAGUCCCAGUCCUCCUCCUCCUCUUCCGCAGCAGCAGCAGCAGGGGGCGCCACAUCGGCCGCAGGGAGCGGAACGGGUCCGGAACGGGUCCGGGAGGGGGGCGAGAAGACGAAGCACGCCAAGGGGGGCCAGUACUACGCGCAGCGCUCGGUGGGGGGGAUGGGCGAGAGCCGGCGGACCAGCAUGACCUCCUCCACCAGCACCUCGGCGCUGUCCGGCUCGUCCGCAGGGAUCGGAGGAGGAGGAGGAGGCGGGGUGAUGGGCGGCAACGGGGCGGUGCAGUUGCCCCAGCAACAGCAGCACAAUCACCCCAACACGGCCACGGUCGCCCCCUUCAUGUACAGAACGUACUCUGAGAACGACUGCUCCACAAUGGCCCCUGUUGACCCCUGCCUGAGUCCUACCAAGGGGGAGCUAGUCUACAGCAAGACCGCCAAACAGUGCCUGGAGGAGAUAUCUGGAGAAGAUCCGGAGACAAGGCGGAUGCGUACGGUCAAGAACAUUGCGGACCUGCGGCAGAAUCUGGAGGAGACCAUGUCCAGUCUACGGGGGACGCAGAUCAGCCACAGCACCCUGGAAACGACUUUCGACUCCACGGUGACCACGGAGGUGAACGGGCGCGGCCUCCCCGCCCUCGCCAGCCGCUCCUCCCCCAUGGCCUGGCGCCUGGGCCAAUCGCCGAGCCCGCGGCUGCAGGCGGGCGACGCCCCGUCCAUGGCCGGCAGCUACGCCCCCAGCAGCAGCAGUGGAGGAGGCCAGGCGAGUCGCUACGGCGGCGACGCCUCCCGCUACGUCUACAGCGCCCCGCUACGGCGGGCGGGGGCCGUGGGUGGAGCCAGAGGGGCGGACGGCGGCGAGAAAGGCGGAGCUCCCGACGGCGUGGGGCCCGAGGUGGACGUCACCGGCUACAUGAGCGACGGAGACCUGCUGGCCAAGAGCGUGCGCUCGGACGACAUCACCAGCGGGUACCUAACAGAUGGCGGGCUGCACCUGUACUCACGGAAUGUGGGCCGAGCUCCUGACCUGCCUUCCUCCAGAGAGGUCAUCCAGCGGGGUCUCAAGGAGGGAGACACCGACAGUUGGGAUGACAGUAGUUCGGUCAGCAGUGGGCUGAGUGACACUCUAGACAACAUCAGCACGGAUGACCUGAACACCCCAGCCUACUCGGGCAUCACAGUUUCUCCACGCAAGAGCAAGGGACCACAGUCCCAAGGCAAGCAUGGGGAGCACGACGCCAGCAGCUGGGCAGGCGCCGAGGACCUGAAGAAGGUGGACGAGGAGCAGGACAGCAGCAGCAUGGACCCUUCCUCCUCCUCCAAGUGGAGGGCCUCCUCUUCCUCCUCCUCCUCCGUGCCCAGCCAGCCGGAGGACGGCGGGCAGAAGACGGCGCUGCCCGUGUCCCAGACGGGCUCCUGGAGGCGGGGCAUGACCGCCCAAGUGGGCAUCACGCCGCCCCGCACCAAAGGCACGUCGGGCAACCUCAAAUCCCCUGGCAAAACCGACGACGCCAAGGCUUCGGAGAAGGGCAAGGCUUCGUCCAAGAGCGCCAGCAUCGAGCGCUCGCCGUCCGACGCGGGCAAGAGCAGCGGCGACGAGGGGGGCAAGAAGCCGCCGUCGGGCAUCGGACGCCCGCCCACCACGGGCUCCUUCGGGUACAAGAAGAUCCCCGGCGCCUCGGGCGCCCUCAUCACGGCCAGCGGCGCCACCCUGACCAGCGGCUCGUCCACGCUGGGCAAGGUGCCCAAGUCGUCGGCCAUCGGCAAGGGCGCGGGCGCGGCCGGCGGCGGCGGCGGCAGCGGAGGCGGGCGCAAGACGAGCCUGGACGGCUCGCAGCACCAGGACGACGGCGUGCUGCUGGGCUGCUCCAGCGCCAAGGUGCCCCUGCAGUACCGCUCGCUGCCACGGCCGGCCAAAUCGUCCAGCGGGGCCGGCGGCGGUGGGGGAGUAGUGACCGCCCGCGGAGGCGGACACCGAUCGAGCUCCAGCAGCAUCGACUCCAACGUCAGCGGCAAGUCGGCCGCCACUGCAGGGGCCACCGGCAACGCCACCGUCCCGGGGGCCAAGCGGCGCGACGGAGCGGGCAAAGUGGGCUCGGGCCGCUCCAGCCCGGUCACCGUCAACCAGACGGACAAGGAGAAGGUGGCCGUCUCCGACCAGGAGGGCGGCGCUCUCUGCACCUCGCCCAAGUCCAGCCCCACCUCCGGCGGCCAGUCGGGACUCCGUCAGCCCGGCUCCAAGUACCCCGACAUCGCCUCCCCCACCUUCCGCCGGUUGUUUGGUGCCAAAGCCAGCAGCAAGCCGAGCUCCCCUAGCACCCCUGACUCGGGCAAGUGCCUGUCGGCUCUGAGCAGCCCGCACGGCACGCUGGCACGGCAGACCAGCCUGGACUCGCCCUCCUCGGGCACGGGCAGCCUGGGCAGCGCCGGCGGGCAGAGCGGCGGCAGCAGCCCGCUGUACGGCAAGGUGCCCGAGCUGGGCACGGACUCGGCGGCGUCCAGCCCGGCGUCGGGGCUGUCGCUGCCGUCCAACGCGCGGCCGUGGCCCACCGCCACCCUCAGCAGCUCGUCGGCGGGCAGCAAGGACACGCUGAGCUGCCAGAGCAUGACCAGCCUGCACACCAGCUCCGAGUCCAUCGACCUGCCGCUGGGGCACCACCACGGACCCAAGGUCACGCGCACCGGCAGCGUCAAGUCCACUCUGUCCGAGGGCAUGCCCCUUGACAGAAACACUCUUCCCAAAAAGGGAUUAAGGUAUCCGCCCUCCUCCCGGCAGACGUCCAAUGAGGAGGGGAAGGAGUGGCUACGCUCCCACUCUACUGGAGGGCUGCAGGACACAGGCAGCCAAUCACCUCUCUCUCCACCGGAUGCCUCCUGCAACAAUGCUGGCAAAUACCACUAUUCAAACCUACUGAGCCCUACCAGUAUGUCCCAGUACAACCUCCCUGGUCCCAGUAUGAGCCGCUCCAAUAGCAUCCCCACGCAGGACUCGUUUGACCUGUACGGAGAGGGCCACACGCUGGGGGGCAGUGCCACGUCUCUGGAGGACAGACCCAGGGGCAUCAGCCGCUCCGGAUCCUUCCGCGACAGCACCGAUGAAGUCCAUGGCUCCUCUCUGUCCCUGGUGUCUAGCACGUCCUCGCUCUACUCAGCGGUGCUUUCUUUUCUGGACAAGACGGAGGAGAAGGCCCAUUCAGAGGGCCAAACUGUCCAAAAUACCACGCAAAUUAGGAAACUGCGUCGGGAACUGGACGCCUCCCAAGAAAAGGUUGCAGCUCUGACUUCCCAGCUUUCGGCCAACGCUCACCUGGUGGCUGCCUUCGAGAAGAGUCUGGCGAACAUGACCUGUCGGCUGCAGAGCCUGACCAUGACGGCGGAACAGAAGGAGUCGGAGCUGGCUGAGCUGCGGGAGACCAUCGAGGCCCUUAAAGCCCAGAACACAGACGCCCAGACGGCCAUCCAGGUGGCCCUCAACGGCCCCGACCACCUCAGCAGAGGGACUGACCAUCGAAUCAGGCGGCAGCACUCGUCCGACAGCAUGUCCAGCAUCAACAGCGCGGCCAGCCACUCCAGCCUGGGCAGCAGUAAGGACGCCGAGGACAAGAAGAAAAAGAAGAAGAGCUGGUUACGGAGCUCCUUCAAGCAGGCGUUCAGCAAGAAGAAGACCAGCAAGCUGCAGUCGCAGGAUGACAUGAUGGAGGAGAUGACCGACUCCUCUCUGCCCUCCUCCCCCAAGCUUCAGCACGCCAACAGGCAGGGCAGCAUACAGGCACUCCGGGCAUCCCCGUCCACCACAGAGCUGUGCGAGUGCACGGAGGCGGAGGCGGAGAUCAUCCUGCAGCUGAAGAACGAGCUGAGGGAGAAGGAGCUCAAGCUGACCGACAUCCGCCUGGAGGCCCUGAGCUCCGCACACCACCUGGACCAGAUCCGGGAGGCCAUGAACCGCAUGCAGAACGAGAUAGAGCUUCUCAAGGCAGAGAACGACCGCCUGAAGUCCAGCGGGAACUCCACCCCCCAGGCCACCCCGGCCAAGACGGCCCGGCCCCCCUCCGAGACAUCCAGCACCUCGUCCUCUUCCUCGCGCCAGUCCCUGGGCCUCUCCCUCAACAACCUCAACAUCACAGACACCAUCAUGUCUGAUAUUCUGUUGGAUGACGGCUAUGAAGGGAACCUUCGCAAAGAGGGCCGAAGUGUCAGAAUAGUGGUGACGAUCCACAGUGGCUCCAACAAGACGAAGGGCUCUCAGAGUCAGGAGUACCUCAUUGGUUCCAUUGGCGUGAGUGGGAAGACUAAAUGGGAUGUGCUCGAUGGUGUGAUACGCCGCCUGUUCAAGGAGUAUGUGUUCCGCGUGGACCCCGCGACCAGCCUGGGACUGACCUCAGAAAGCAUCAUGUGCUAUCGGAUGGGCGACGUGGUCCGUGGUCAGGCCUCCGAGGUGCCCGAGCUGCUCCCCUGCGGAUACCUGGUGGGCGACAACAACGUCAUCACGGUCAACCUCAAAGGCUUGAAGGAGAACAGCAUUGACGGGCUGGUGUUUGACACGCUCAUCCCCAAGCCCAUCAUCCAGCGCUACCUGAACCUGCUGAUGGAGCACCGCCGCAUCAUCCUGUCCGGCCCCAGUGGCACCGGCAAGUCCUUCCUGGCCAGCAAGCUGGCCGAGUUCAUCGUCACGCAGACGGGCAUGGAGGUGUCCGAGACCACCGUGGCCAGUUUCAACGUGGACCAGAAGUCCAGCAAGGACCUGCGGCAGUACCUGUGCACGCUGGCGGAGCAGUGCAACCUGGAGGAGACGGACAUGGAGCUGCCCACCGUGGUCAUCCUGGACAACCUGCACCACAUCGGCUCCCUCAGCGACAUCUUCAACGGCUUCCUCAACUGCAAGUACCACAAAUGCCCCUAUGUUAUUGGAACCAUGAAUCAGGGUGUGUCUUCAUCUCCCAAUCUGGAACUUCAUCACAACUUCAGGUGGGUGCUGUGUGCCAACCACACGGAGCCGGUGAAAGGCUUCCUGGGCCGCUUCCUGCGGAGGAAGCUCAUCGAGACCGAGAUCGGCAGGAACAUGCGCAGCAACGACCUCAUCAAGAUCAUCGACUGGAUUCCCAAGACCUGGCAUCACCUCAACAGUUUCCUUGAAGCACACAGCUCCUCUGAUGUCACCAUCGGCCCACGGCUGUUCCUGUCCUGCCCCAUGGAUGUGGACGGCUCGCGGGUGUGGUUCACUGACCUGUGGAACUACUCCCUGGUGCCCUACCUGCUGGAGGCUGUGAGGGAGGGACUCCAGCUGUACGGGAAGCGGGCGGCGUGGGAGGACCCGACCAAGUGGGUGAACGACACGUAUCCGUGGAGCUCGGCGUCCAUGCAGCACGACUGCCAGUCCCUGCUGCAGCUGCGCCCAGAGGACGUGGGCUACGACGGCUACACCUCCUCCAAGGAGGGCGCGUCCUCCAAGCAGGUCUCCCAGAGCGACACCGAGGGGGACCCCCUGAUGAACAUGCUCAUGAGACUGCAGGAGGCCGCCAACUACUCGAGCGCACAGAGCUGUGACAGCGACAGCGCCAGUCACCAUGACGACCUCCUGGACUCAUCGCUGGAGUCGGCGUUGUAGACCGCCGGGAGCCCCCACACACCGGUGACAAGGACGCGUCCAGUCAGAGAGAGAGAGAGAGAGAGAUGACCGAGAGAAAGAGAGAGAGAGGGAGCUGAGCAUCUGCCCCCUGGGAUGCCCUCAGAGCUGCACUUGACUGACCAGCACUCUUGCCCCAAACCGCCCUGACCCAACAUUUCUGUUCGCUGUCCUUCCACGCCAGGGAAGAAAGCUCUGAUUGUAUGCGAGCACGUGUGUGAGACAAUAUGUGUGUGUGUGUGUGUGUGUGUGUGUUGGGAGUAGGAGGGCGUGUCCACCAACGACAUGUGGUCAGGUGUUUGUGUGGCAAGAGUGUUGAUCAGCAGAGUGUAAGGAUCACACACAGUUUCUCUUUCGUUUCCUCUGUGGCCUGAGCAUGACACAUGCUGAUGCACACACAUACACACACACACACACACACUCACACUCUCUCACACACACACACAGACACACACACUCUCACACACACACACACACACACACACACACACACACACGUCCUCGGCUGCUCCAAAACCUCUGCAACAUCAGCCACUUAGAGGGUGAUUGCUUGGACAUGUGCCCCAGUAGUCACAAGCUAGAACUGAACAGGUUUUCUUUUCUCCUCCUGUGCUCCUGUGACUGGCGUGGUGGUCCAGCAGGCUUAUACUGUUUUCACACUGAUGUUUACAGUCGGGCCGAGUCUUUCUCCCCCCGCCACCAUCUGCCGAGAUCUUCUCACACACUCCAAACUCGGACGCAGCGUUCGCCGCCGCCGGCACCACCCUCCCGGGACAAAAAAAAACACGCGACGAGGAGCCAUGUGACACUGGCGCGGUGCUCAACAAACGUGCCGUUUACUUGCCGCGCGCACAAGCAAAGCAUCAUUGCCAAAGGAAGCACAAGAGGGACUUUUGGUAGAACUGCUACUGUGAAACAAGGGUCUUUUGAAACACAAAACACCAACAGCAAACAAAAAAACACAAACAACAACAACAACAACAACAAAAAACAUGCCACUCAAUUCACUGCCAACCAAUGGCAUUCGGGUGGGGGAGGGGUCAGAAGUCAUGAUCUGAGACUCUGUAAUGCAAAAUAUUUUUUUUUUGACAUAGUAACGUGUGUCACAACAAUCUUGCCCCACAGGAAACCAUACGCAAAACGCAUAACAUUGGUUCUCAAUGUUCUGUAUGUUUGGUUAGUCAUUUAUGCACUUGAAUCACAACAUUUCACACUUUUUUAUGGUUCAUCGUCGUCCUUGACCUCCUGAACAAGCAGCUAAUGUACCAACCCGUCUGCUGCUCGAGAGGGUCAAGAAGGAGAAACAAAAAUAAAGAGAGAAAGUAAGAAAUCCCUACUUUCACCUGAGGGACAGAACGAGAAGGGGACAAGCCUAAAACCGGUGCUUUCUCGCUGCCUUAAAUGUGCUCAGCUCGGAAUCAAAUUUGAAGCGCUCUUCUGGCCUAGAGUCUCUCAAAUGCCAUCCAAAGAGGAUCUGAUGACACCUUGUAUGUAGUUGUCAAUGCUUUUUUUUAAUAAGUAUUUUUUAUCUUGAGUUCAGGGUGGAGUCACACAUGGUGUCUCUGAGUCUGUGAAUGGCCACGUUCAGUUUUAUUUUUCAUAUCGGAAGGCGAAAACCUUUCAGUGAAUGUGUGCGUAUUGAACACACAGGUAGAGUAGACCACUUUGAGAGUUUGCCAUGAAGAGAUGUGAUAUUUUUUAUUUUGUCACCCAGUUGACCUGGGAAACACUUGAACCAACAUGAGCACAAUCCAACCUCGUGAUUGAGAUAGCCUGACAAGCAUGUUGUUUUCAGUUUGCUAUAUAUGUACGUAGGAAAUUGACCUUUACUUCUACAUGCUAUGUAAGCAUGUGGAUCAAAAUAAUGAAAAAAAGCAUUUUAAUUUAAUUUAUCCUUUUUUAUUUUUCAAAAAAAAAAAGUUAUGUGGGAUUAUAGUUUUUGCACAGUUUAUCGGGGGAGGGUAUUUGUAAAUAAAAGUCUUGCACAGUUAAUCCAAGAAACAUCCGCAAGGUUGAUGUUUUACUCUGCUUACUGAGAAUUAUUGUAUUUUGCAAACUGAGAAAAAAAAAAGAAUUAUUAGAAAAGCAAACCAACACAUUGUCAGAAACUGUUGUAUGUCUUGUGAUGACUGGUUGUGUUGCCUUUACAAAGCUGCAACGUGUACAGAGACAAGUGUUUGUAGCGUCUCCAUAAACGUAUGGUAAACCUAUGGGAGCUCAACAACAGAUAAAUGACUCACUGUUUUCAGAACUAAAAUUAGUUUGCCAAGACACCUAAAGAAAAUCAAGUACUCUCAUGCAUCUUUACUAGUUUAUCUUCAAAGUUCCUAUGGUACAAUCUCAGACAUACACAGAACAGUGACAUUGUUUCUUUUUUUACCCUUUAAAUGACAUGUCACGCUUGUCACGUGUGUAGCUGGGUUCUGGGGUUUGUUGCCAUUUUCUUUGACAUUUUUGGAGGGUUCACCUUGAACCUACUGCCGUUAAUCACUGAAAGAGGGAUUCUCAGCAAACAUUGGGUGCUAUUGACCAUCAAAACCAACCUCAGAGCAUUCAUUGCCGGUUACACAACCUCAGGACAAUCCUUCUCUUGGUGCUCAACGGUAUAGGCCGCCAGAGCUAGCAGUUAUAAUGUCCUCCACGACCAGCGGUUGUGAAAGUCUUCUUCGUCCCAUAGGCACAGUGUCCAAUUGUUUUUUUUGUUAUUCGAAUUUGGUCAUUAUUUGCUGUGCUCUACAAGUCUGUCUGCUAAAACCGUUUGCCAAAUGUAAGAUCCUUUCAAAUGCAAACAAUAUUUAGACUUUUAUAAUUGUGCUAAAUAAUGUCAAACAUCACGUACCUCAGUCUUGACUGCCCAAUUGUCCAAAAGAAAGAAAAAAAAAGUAGUUCCACACCUAAACCUGUGAUGAUUUCCGUGGGUACUAAACAUUAUAUUCUAUUGACUUCCUUUUUUAUUGCAAGUACAUCUCGGUGAGAACAUAGCAUUUAGUACUAUGAAAAUAUUUUAUUUACUUUGAUUUUAUUAUUUGGUGGAACAUUUGUCCUUAAAUGUUUUAUAUUUUGUACAUUUGUAAGUAACAUAUCAUGUAAAUAUAAAGAGACCACAAUUUAAAUCAUCUGGAGGAUUUUGUAGUCUUUGUAAAGCCCUAAUAAAUGGUAUUUGGUGUCACCUUAAAA